UGUCGAUGUGCAGCUGCUUUCCCCCUCCAUUGUCAUUCGGGCUGCAUUGCUGGCUCGACCCAUGGUUCCGGCUGGAAUCAUUCUGGUUCCCGGUCUGAGUCACGGUGAAGGGGCUCCGAGCACAAAAUAAAUCAGAGUCGGUGUGAAGAGUUUCGUUUUCCCGGAGGUGCUAUGAGUUUACCAAACCCCGCCGGGCUGGACCCAGGCGAUACGUGCCAAAUGCCAGCUAUUUUAAAGGAGGAUUGUGUGUACACCGGCUGUUACUGGUGAUGACAAAUUGGCGCAUAGGAGGGAGAUUGGAAAUCUGCUUGAGUGAUGCCAAAACAACAACCUCUCGCUCAACAUCAGCAAAACCAAAGAGCUAAUAAUCCACUCCAAGAGGAAGAAACCAGAGGUCCAUGAGCCAGUCCUCGUUAGAAGAUCACAGGUGGAGAGGUGAAGAAAAUGUAUGGAAGCUGUGUGAAAAUAUAAAGAACAAAAGGCAGCAUUCUUUGGAAGAAUGGUAUGCUAUCUUCAUUUCAAAUGAUCAAAAGAUGGUGCCUAUAUGGAGGCAGAGAUCUUGCCAUGAAGAUCAGCCUGUAAUCUGGGAUUACCAUGUCAUCCUGCUCCACGAUUGUGGAGGACAACACUGUGAGGUCUAUGAUUUGGAUUCAACACUACCGUUUCCUUGUUCUUUUGAUAUUUAUGUGAAAGAAGCCUUUCGAUCUGAAGAGCUCAUCAGACCAGUUUUUAGACGGAAAAUGAGAGUAAUCAGAGCAGAUCUGUACCUAAAGACAUUUGCUUCGGAUCGAUCACAUAUGAAAGAUGCUCACGGAAUGUGGCGCAUGGCUCCUCCACCAUAUCCAUGUAUUCAGACUGCGGAGGCAAAAAUGAACUUGGAUGACUUCAUCAGUAUGAAUCUUGCUGUCGGAUGGGGCGAUGUUUAUACCUUCACAGAAUUUGUCCAACAGUUUGGAAGUACAAAGCAAUGAUAUUUGGAAUAACAAAAAAAAAUCAGUAGUCCAGUCUUAGCCCUUGGUCUGCAAGAUUUGAAGGAAAUGUAAUAAGAGAGCUUUAAUUAAUUGGCAGGAAGUAUUUUGGGUACUGAACAAAAAUAGGCAUUUAAAAAAAUGUCUGAGGCAGUAGGAAUACAGCAGUUUAUAAAAAUCUAAUUCAAGCGAUAGCCAUUGGAAAUGUGAUUUGCAAAGAGGCCCUCAAAUUGUAAAUAUUCCUGAAUGAACUCUAAGCAUUAUAUGAAGACGUGGUGAUAAACUGGUUCCUACAUUCAUUUACUAUACCUUUGCACAUUGAACUGAGUACUGACUGUUCCUUAGUGCAAUGGUAUCACAAGGAAAGGACCAAUUCUAUCUGUUCUGUAUGGAAACCUCAAGUCUCGUUAUUGCACAGUGUAAAAUAACUCAAUAAAAUGUCACCUUUUAAC